CAGCGGCAGUGCUCACUGGGGAAUGCUUGAUACGCUGAGGUGGUACCCUAUCCGCAGACGCGUGCCUGGGCCUGUUUGAGGUGAAGAGAGAUCGGCGAGGAACCUGGAAUCAAAUCCAAAACCCGCGGAGAAUUCCACACAUUGAUCUUGACGAAGUUCCGCGUCCAACUCUUGUUCAUCUCAAUGCCUUCUCCUAGGCUCGGUGCUGAACAGCCCGAACUUGCCUUCGAUCCCGCAUGAUGGCGUCUCUCAAGCGCCUCGCAUGCCUGCUCUGGGCACUGUCGCUCAGCAUCGACUGCGCCCGCUGCGAUGACACCAGCAGCAGCAGCAGCAGCAGCAGCAGCAGCAGCAGUAGCAGCAGCAGCGAAGAGGUCACCAUGCUGACGGGCACCAGAACCGACGCGCCCCAAUCCAGGCCGCCGACCGGACCUUACGAGACCUUCUCGUCAACAGUCACGCUGGCAACCACGACGCUGCCCACCGACCUCGGCGCGCUCACGGCAAACUAUACCGACACCUCCCAGACCCAGACGGUCACCUACCUCACCGGCUCCGUCACGACGUCGCCAACCGCCAGCGGCAGCGGGACCUCGUCCUCCACCACCAGCGCCGCCCCGCGCCCCACCAACACGCGGCCGUGCAACAACUACCCGGAGCUCUGCGCGCGCAAGUACAGCAACAUCACACAGGUGGGCUGCCACAACAGCCCGUUUGUGCGGGCCGGCAGCGCGGCCGCCAACCAGCAGUACCCGGUGACCGACCAGCUCAACGACGGGGUGCGCUUCCUGCAGGCGCAGAUCCAGUGGCCGGCGAACGGCACGGAGCCGCACUUCUGCCACACGUCCUGCGACCUGCUCGACGCGGGGCCCAUCACGGACUGGCUGCGCACGGUGCGGGACUGGGUGGCGGCGCACCCGUACGACGUGGUGACGAUCCUGCUGGGCAACGGCAACUACUCGACGCCGGACCGGUACGCGCCCUUCAUCGAGGCGUCGGGCAUCACGCAGUUCGCCUUCUCGCCGCCGGUCGUGCCCAUGGCCGCGGACGACUGGCCCACGCUCGGCCAGCUGAUCCUGUCGGGCCAGCGCGUCGUCAUGUUCCUCGACUACAUGGCCAACCAGACCGCCUACCCCUGGCUGAUGGACGAGUUCAGCCAGAUGUGGGAGACCCCCUUCGACCCGGUCGACCCGACCUUCCCGUGCACCGUGCAGCGCCCGCCGGGCCUGGCCGCCGCCGACGCGACGAAGCGGCUGUACCUGAUGAACCACAACCUGAACGUCGAGGUGUCGCUGCUGGGGCAGUCGAUCCUCGUGCCGGCCGUCAGCCAGCUCAACGUCACCAACGCGGUGCAGGGCAACGGCAGCCUCGGCCUGGCCGCCAACAACUGCCGGACCGACUGGGGCCGCCCGCCGAACGUGCUGAACGUGGAUUACUAUAACUAUGGCAACUACCCGGGCAGCGUGUUCGAGGUGGCGGCGCUCAUGAACAACGUCACGUUCGUGAACGCGAGCUGCUGCGGGCCCGGGUCGAGCGCGGGCGUGAGGGUCGAGGCGGCGGAGCUGUGGUUGUGGAUGGCGCUGGCUUGGCUGGUCUGGGCCUUUAUUUGAGCGGAAGGCUGAUUGAUGGUUGCCCUAUCCUUUUUUUGUCUUGUAGUUAUGGCAUUGCAUGGCGUUGGGUUAUAUCUAGACAGGUAUACGGCUGAGCUGGCGGAUUUGAAGCAAUAAGUCCAAAAAUCGAGAUUGGCGGGAUCAUGGAGGGGUCCAUCUUGGUCACGGCAACAUCCUACACUACAACGUCUCAAUGGGUGUAAGCAAGAAUACAUGAUUGAGAAUCGACCCCGAUCCCUCGGCAGCAACACAAGCGGCGGUUUUUGUUUUUACCCCUGAUCUAAACAAAGCCCCGGGUUGGGAUGAAUGACGUCUGCGGGGUGACACCCCUGGUCCAGGUCCCCAGCUUUCUUGAGCCGAGGUUCGAGGCC